AUGAAAGUAAGGUCAUCUGUGAAGAAGCUCUGCCAGUUCUGCCAGACGGUCAAACGGCGUGGAAGGGUGUACAUUCUGUGCACUGCCAAUCCGAAGCACAAGCAGCGGCAAGGCGUGUCGACAUUUGCCUAUGAGGGCCCACUGCCGCCUGUGUAUGCAUUUGUUUUCUAUUUGCUUUUUUUAUUUAUCAUUUUCCUGUUGGCGCUGUUCAUGCUUGUUUACCCACAAGACUCUGAUUUUAUAAUGUUAUCUGUUGAAAUUAUUCUUUAUGCCAUGAUUAUUCUUAUUUGCCGAAAGGUUUCCACCACUUGUGACAUAUAUUAUUGGAUCGUGCAAGCUUUUGUCUGCUGUGGCCACUCCAAAUUUGGCACCCAUCUUCUACUACUUGCUUGUUCUUAUCAAUCAGUCACUGUUAGUUAUCGAAUGUUGCUGAAACCAUUGCCGAUCAUCGUGCAACCACGCAACUCGGACCACUUUGAUAAAUCUGAUGAAGAAUCCUCACCGGGGAGAGCGCCCCGAGCUUUGCCAUCUCCAUCCGUUCUCUCGUGUAGUGUUCAUUUCCUGGAAACCGUUUCCUUGGCUGAAACAUGAGACAAGUUUUGGGCUGUGCCUUUGUCCUCCGCCGAUUCUCUGAUCUGUGUAUCCUCACCCUGUUUCUCUUUCCUGCUACUCCGAGUGGUUAGUGAUGAUGAUGAUGUUGACGACAAUGGUCAGCUAGUCUGAUGAUGCUUUAUGUUGCAGCUUGGCAGGUGCGGACGCCAAGGUCGAUCCAGUGACCACGAGCAAGUGGGGAGUUGGUCUGGCAUCCCUUCUGAACACCAAAAAGGACUAG